AUGUCAACUUGCUUCCAUUUCCUUUUCUUUAUAGCCACCAUGUUUGACCGUGGAAAAGUAAGUUUGAUUUCUAACAUUUGUCUCAGGAAAAACCUCACUGCAAGUGGACCAAGGCCUAACCCACAGGGCUCAUAUCACUAUGGUCUCAUUAACACAACAAGAACCAUCAUUCUUGCGAAUUCUGCCGGCCAAGUUAACGGCAAGCAAAGAUACGCGGUUAACUCUGUUUCAUUUGUUCCAGCUGACACUCCGCUGAAACUUGCCGACUAUUUCCAAAUUGGAGGAGUUUAUCGCAUUGGAAGCAUAUCGGAUAAGCCUAGUGGUGGAAAGAUAUACCUUCAUACUUCAGUAAUGCAGGCCGACUACAGGGCUUUCAUCGAGAUAGUGUUUCAGAAUAAUGAGAACAUUGUACAGAGUUGGCAUCUCGACGGCUACAAUUUCUUUGUUGUCGGUAUGGAUGGAGGGCAAUGGACAGCAGCUAGUAGGAGGGGAUACAAUCUCCGCGACUCUGUUUCACAAUGUACGACUCAGGUUUGUCCCAAGUCAUGGACUGCUGUUUAUGUGGCACUUGACAACGUGGGAAUGUGGAACUUAAGGUCGGAGUUUUGGGCAAGACAGUAUCUGGGACAACAGUUCUAUUUACGCGUAUACACUACAUCAACUUCGUUAAGGGAUGAAUACCUGAUCCCAAAGAAUGCCCUGCUCUGCGGAAGGGCGAGGUGCCUAAGCGGAGGAUAGAAUAAAAUAUCCAGAUUUGGGUAGAGAGAGCUCUCCAGGUUACACGAUUGA